AGGCUGUUUCCUGAAUGGAUGAAAACCGAGUGUUCGAGUUGACGCUGGAAGAUAAAACCGGACUCGAAGUGAUGUUGUGAGCGGAUAAACUCACUUGUAGAUAAAAAACGAUGGAGUGCGACAUCCUGGACACGCUGGAGCAGCUGGGGUACGAGGGGCCCCUGCUGGAGGAGGAGGCGCUGCUCCGGGCCGCGGAGGGAGGCCUGUCCUCCCGGGACUACGUGGAUCUGUGCCGGUGGUUUUCCUCCAGGCUGCAGCCGCUGUGUGGGCUGGAGGAGACCAUCACGUCCGGUCCAGAGGACAUGGACGGCCUCCAGGUGGAGAUGAGCGGUUUGCUGAAGGAGCUGCACUGUCCCCACGAAGAAGCCGUGUCGGGGAUUCUCAAGGGCGCCGUGCGAAACACAAAAGAUCAUCUCAAGAUUGUGUUGUUUCUCAGCUCAGAGCUUCAAACUGCUCAGAUCGUGAGGAGCAGACGAGUCUCCGAUAAACAUCAGGAGGAGAAUCCGCUGUUUCAGGACGUUUCAUUAAUCUGUGAGACCCUGAAGCUGCCGGCGCCCAGAGGAGCCGACGCAGAGCGAGUCUUCGCCCAGAUCCAAAACACGGUUGAUAAACUCAUCAAAGAUCUUCCUAAUGGCUCCAUUGAAAGUCCAGUUCUGAACAAAUCUCUGAGCAGUGAACAGUGGGCGAAGUUGCACGGCAUCAACUCGGUCCUGUCCUCAGAGUACGAGUGUCGGCGCAGGAUGCUGAUCAAACGCCUGGACGUCACGGUCCAGUCGUUCGGGUGGUCCGACCGAGCUAAGGUGAAGGUGGACAGCAUGGCGAGCGCCUAUCAGCCUAAGAGACACUGUCUGAGGCCACAGUCCCACGUGGACAUGGCCAAGCUGCUGGCGGCCAGAGAGGACAUCUGCAACGUGGUGAAGACGAGCAGCGGCUCCAGCAGAGACAAAACCGCUUGCGCCGUCAACAAGGUCCGGAUGGGCAGAGUGCCAGACAGAGGGGGGCGUCCCGGGGAGAUUCAAGCCCCGCCUCGCGAGAUGCCAGCCUGGAAGGAAAGACAAGAAGGUGGAGGUGGAUGGGGAGGACGUGGCGGCAGAGGUCGUGGAGGAGGAGGUGGAGGUGGUUGGAGAGGCGGCGGCGGGUGGAACCAGGGAGGACAUGAUGGACACGGACGGAAGAGAGGACGGUUCUAGCAUUCAUUUUCUACAGACUUUACAUUUUUGUGAAGUGAUAUUUUUUUUUCAUUUGAACUGAAUCCUUUCAUGGAGGAGGAACUUUUCCAAAAAACGAAAGCAGACUUUGCAGAAUUCAGAGACAAAUCUUCCUCAUCUGGAUGAUUUCAAAUGCUCCUUUUUUUUUUUAAGUAAACUUAAAUCAGUGUUAAAUCUCUAAUAGUCUUGGUGUGAAAAUAUGAGAUAUUAUAUCACUACGAUAGGGAUACAAAUCAAGAAUCUUUAUCAUGUGACUCGUGUUCCAGUUCCUCUGUGAAGGAUCAACUAUAAAAUAUCAAUUAUUACCUCAUUUAUUAGCUCUACACACUGCUGUAAUUCUUUGAUCUCUGGAUUUGUAAAGAAAAAAAAAUAAAGAAUUCUGAUUUAACCUC